AUGAUCAGAACAUUGUUAAUGUAUCGCUAUGACGAUAGUAUACAUGGUAUUCCAACUUAUGGAUAUGGUAUAAAACAUACUAGCAUGAAUUCAAUUUGGACAUCAGAAGAUACGAAACGUGCCAUUUUAUUUUCAUUAGUACCAGGUGCAUUAUCAUUAUAUGCUAAUGUGUCAUUUAGGAAGGAAGAAAAUUUGUCCGGUUGGUCAUUUGCAAUAAAUAAACCAAAUUGGGCACCGGAAAAUCCAGCAAUUUACGGAUUUAUUGAUGGUGUGACAAUUGCGCCUCUUGGUUUGGCAUCAUAUAUGGCAUAUAAAUAUGGUGGAGGUUUGGCACAUAAUGACACAAAACUUGCUUUGACAUUAUAUGGUGGUAGUAUGAUUUGUGCAUUUCUUACAAUGCCAUUGGUGAAAAAGAAGAGUUCUCAUAGUUUAUUUCGUAACACGCUUAUAAUGCAUUUGACUGCAGCUGGAGCAGCGAUUGCAUUUUUAAAGAUUGACUACAAAGCUGGUUUAUUGCUAGUACCAUACGUUUUGUGGACAGGUUUCUACACGUACUUGACGUACGCUAUGAAUAAAACGAACAAAUCUGAAACAAAAGAACGUUAA